AUAAAAAUGGGUUCUUGUAUUUCCUCUAGUUCAAUUUUAAGUAAAAAAUAAAAUAAAAAAAGCUUACAAAUAAAAAAGAAAAAGAUUCAAAAAAGUAAAUUUCCUAAUAAACAGUAAAACAAUCAAACGAAAUAGAUAGAAAAAGAAAAUUAAGUAUAAACUACAAAAAAAUUCCAAAUAAAAUCCACAAACAAGAAUCACGAUUAUUCUAAAAUUCAUAAAAUCUAUAAAUAUAUGGAUUAGUAGGAUUAUAUAAUUUAGGAAACACAUGUUAUAUUAAUGCAGCCUUAUAAUGUUUAUCAAAUACACCUCCAUUAUGCGAUUAUUUUUUGAGCCAACUUCAUGAAAAAGAAAUAAAUCCAAAUGCAUUUUUAGGUUCUAAUGGAUAAAUAACAUCCUAAUUCGGGAAAUUAAUACUCGAUCUAUGGUAAACAGACUAAAACUUUAUAGAACCAAUAGAUUUUAUAAAUGAAAUAGGCCAAUUUGCGGAACAAUUUGCCGACGGAACACAAUAAGACUCACAUGAAUUUCUUGCUUUUCUCCUAGAUAUAUUACACGAAGAUUUAAAUAGAGUAAUAAAGAAGCCUUAUAUAAAAGAAAAAGACUAUAAUUGUGAAAAGCAUGAAGAAUACUCCAAAGAAUCCUGGAAAGAAUACUUAAUGAGGAAUAAAUCUAUAAUUGUUGAUCUAUUUUAAGGUUAAACAAAAUCCACUUUAAAAUGUUUAGUUUGUGGUUCCGUUUCACAUAAAUUUGAGGCUUUUUAAUUUCUUUCAGUACCUGUUCCUGCAAAUAAAUCUCAUAAUGAAAUCAUUAAUUUAAGUGAAUGUAUUUAAGAAUUCACAAAGGAAGAAUAUUUAGACUAAAAUGAAUGGUGGUAUUGCUUUAAAUGUAAAAAAAAUAGAAAAUCAACCAAAUAAAUCGAUUUAUGGAAAUUACCUAAUAUUUUAAUUAUUCAUUUAAAAAGAUUCAGAUUUGAUAAAAAUAUUAAAGCCAAAAUUAAAAACUUUGUUGAUUUUCCUAUUCAAAAUUUUGAUCUAUAACCUUAUACUAUAGGAAGAUAAAGAGAUUAACCUAUAUAUGAUCUUUUUGCAAUAUCAAAUCAUGAAGGUAACCUUAGUUCUGGACAUUAUACUGCUUAUGCGAAAAAUAGAGCAAAUUAAAAUUGGUAUUUAUUUGACGAUUGUAAUGUUUAAUAAUGUCUAAAAGAAUAGAUUAAAAGUGAAAAAGCUUAUGUCUUAUUUUAUUCAAAAACUACUGUAGAUGAGUUUUUUAGAUAAACUUUGUCAACUCCUGAAAGUUGGCCCCAUUUUUUUAAAAAAGAAGUCUAAGAAACCUAAAUAAUAAAAAAAAAAUUUACUUAUAAUUUUAAACAUGACAAGUUUGAAUAAUAUGAUAGUAAACUAUAAAAUAUAAUCAGUUAGAAAAAAAGUUAGACUAUUAUAUAACUUAAUAAUGAGUUAGUCUAAAAUAAUUAAUUUAAUAAGGAAAUAAAUGAGGUUAAAUAAUCAAAUUAUUAAUAAUAAUAUGAUUUAUAUCAAGCUAAUUUUGAUAUCACUCCUUCGUAAGAUAAUAAUAAAGUUAAUGAUUUUAGAAACUUUAAUAAUUAUAUAAAAUCCUCCGUUAUAUAAAUAAAUAGAAAUAAGUGA